CAGCUGAGUGGUUCAGGCCAUAAAUAGGACCGCGGCCGUCAGACGACAGAAGACUUCCAACUGAGAGGAGAGAGUUGUUUGUUCAACAUUUCCAGCGAUUUUUUUCCUCAGGAAAAAGAAAGUUUUGCUCAGAUUUUUCGACUAGACAGUAGCCGCCCCUGUUAGCGAAGUGUUGAGGUCCCGCGAGCCGAGAAAUCGUUCAAUAGCAGCGCAUCGAGUGAGUCAAGCGCCGGGCACGUCACGCGUUCCUCGGCGGGUUUGAGCAUCACAAGUCCGCGCGCUUCAACUGGGAUUCCCGCCAGCGGCGAGAUCUAGCGAGGCCGACCGUCAAAAUGAGAACAGCCGCCGUGGCAAUCUUCGUCUUCCUCAGCACCCUGUCUAUGAUAUCAGGGUCUGUUGGAAGUGUUGACCCCGCCGACCUGGAGAUCGACCUGAUGAAGGGAGCACAGCUGCAGCAGCAGGCAUUGCAGAAGGGGUCGGGGGUCAAGCAAAUGCUGGGGCAGCACAGCCAAUCAGAUGCCUUCCUCCUGAUAGGUCCCAACAGAAACCUGGAGGCGGAGCGUGAGGCCUUUGAACGUGCCCUAGGUCUGCUGGCCAAGUCUGAUGAAGUCACCUUCUCUGCCAUCAUCAAGCAGGACAACAGGAAUUCUGGGAGCAUCAUCUCCUUUUUUGGAAGUGACGGAAGGUACUUGGAGCUUGAGACCAGUCGUAGGAAGAACACCAUCCGUUUCCACUAUCGAUCGAGGGGUAAACUCUACAACGAGGCCUUUGUCUACCAGCUGGACAACCAGUGGCACAAGAUAUCUCUGACCAUCAGUGGGCAACAAGCAAUACUACACGUGGACUGCAAUCAGAUCUACAAACGCAAACUCAAGGCCACACCAAGCCUCGACUUUUACGGUAAAAGCGUCAGCCUUUGGCUGGGUCAAAGAUCAAAGGAUCGCUUGGUGUAUGAGGGUGGGAUUCAGGAUGCAAAGAUCAUUGUUCAUCCUCGUGGCUACCAGUCGCAGUGCCCUGACCUGGACAAACCCUGUCCAACCUGUGGAGACUUCUCAAGUCUGGUGGACACAGUCAAGGACCUGACUUAUCUUGUGGCAAAGUUAAAUGCCACUCAGCAGCCGGAGACCAGAACAGCCACUUCCUGCAACUGUCCGCAGGUGUGCUUCGUGGGGCCACAGACGUACCGCGAGGGGGACAGCUGGCUUGCCGGGUGCGAUGAGUGCACCUGUCAGGGUGGGGAGGUGCAGUGUGCCCCACGGUGGUGCCCAGAACAACCCUGUCCGAACCCCAAGGUUCCAGAGGGAGAAUGUUGCCCAAAGUGUGGUGCUAACUGCACCACCAGUUCUGGCAAGAAUCUACUUGAUGGAGAACACCACACUGCACAAAAGUUUGGGUCCCGAUGUCUCCUAGAUGUCUGUGAUAAUGGUAACAUAAGGCAAGACUUGGUGACGGAGGAAGACUUUUGUCCCCCUCUGGAUUGCGACACAUCUCAGCAGAUCGCAGUGGACGGUGAAUGUUGUAACAAAUGUAAAGAGACUGACCACUGCCUGGACGGUAAUGAGUGCCACAGCAAUGCCACCUGUGUGAACAUGCCCACAGGUUACACCUGUGUGUGUAAGGAGGGCUUCCUGGGAGACGGCAGGACUUGUACAGGGAACACCGAUGUAGUUAUUCAAAAGGCUUUUAGGUUGUUUCGAAGCUUCAACAUCGAAGAUGUGGAUGAGUGUGCCUCCAUCGGCAGUCCCUAUAGCCACAAGUGUGGUGACAACACUCGCUGUAUGAACCUGCCAGGGUCCUACAUCUGUGAAUGUCUGCCUGGAUACAAGCGGCUCACUGAACACAAGUGCACAGACCAGAAUGAAUGUGCCCUGGGCCUGCACCACUGCCACCAAAACGCCCAGUGUGAAAACACGAUGGGUAGUUACAUUUGUCGCUGUAACCCUGGCUUUGAGGGCACCGGGAUGGCCUGCACACCGAAGUGCACUACUCCCUGUGAGAAUGGAGGACUGUGUAUUGCGCCUGAUUACUGCAGUUGUCCCACAGGAUUCACUGGAGACGCCUGCGAAACAGACAUAGACGAGUGUGCGGCAGGGAACCCGUGUCCUGACCACUCAGACUGUGUGAACCUGCCCGGCUGGUAUUUCUGCCAGUGUAAGCCUGGCUACAAGAGCAAGAGGAACGAGAACAGGAUGCAGAUUGGGGCAUGUGAAGACAUUGACGAGUGUUGGACUGGUGAUCACAACUGUCCCUCCACCACGGACUGUAUCAACAUUGGCGGCUCCUACAAGUGUAAGUGUAUCGACCCAGCCACGUGCUCGGGCAGCUGCAUAUACGAGGACAGCGAAUACAGGAACGGGGAGACCUGGAGACCAGAUGGGGACCGCUGUGGGACAUGCACCUGUCAGGACAGUAUUGUGACCUGCCGAGAGGACUCCUGUAACUGUGAGGACAAGAACACGGACAUGUACUGCUGCCCGGAGUGUGAUCGCACCAUGAACUGUCUGCACCAGGACCAGACGAUGGUGUACAACAGCAGUGACACCUGGAUGUACCAGUGUCAGAUCUGCAAGUGCGUGAAGGGAGAGAUAGACUGCUCCCCCCUGACGUGUCCGGAGCUCUCCUGUAAGCACACCUACAUACCUGAGGGGGAGUGCUGCCCAAGGUGUGACCCUUGCUUCCUGCCCACCAACGAGGUGACCUCUGACCUCCUGCAGACCUGCAUGCACAAUGGUAUAGUGUACGCUGCCAGCACUAACUGGGCACCCAAGGAUGAGCCGUGCACACGUUGUGAGUGCAAGGGGGGUCGUGCGUGCUGCCACGUCACUGAUGGCUGUAGAUAAAGUACAUGUAGAGGAAGCAUCGCUGAAGGGCCAUGUUACAGGGUGGGGCAAAAGUUUGGCCACUCUCCCCUGCAGACACAACAAAUUAACAACUCUCUGCUGUAGCCCCAUAGUCAAGACAAACUCCAUGUAACCCAGAGGACAAAGCUGACUGGCUUGAUUGCAUUCCAGAACUUUUGUACCACCCUGUAUUUGAUAGAGAAUGGGUUAAGUACCGGUAAUGAGAAUUUUAAAAAUUCUUCUAUAUUUUUUUUCUUUCAAUGAGUUACGUGACCUUUUCUGUAAAGCGUUCUUAACUUUUUUUUUUCACUUUUUAACGGAGGAAAUCUUCUGAAACUGUUGUUGAAACUUUUGUAUGAAGAUUUGAAAAAUUGAAGGAUUGUAAAGGAGUAUGAUUUCAAUUCGAAACAGCAUCAAGAUCUUUCUUGAAGGUAUUUCUUGAAGGAUUUUUGAUCUGUUUCACUGGAUAAAAGUUUUGGGAUGAGAUUACAACAUAAAAAUACUGGACAAUGUAUAGAAAUUCCAGCCUACUUGUACAUAUAUUCUAGGUUGGACCUUGGGAAAAUGGUAUCUAUGCAGCUUAUUUAUCAGUCUGUACGAUAGUUAGUGCCUAUGAAGAACUAGUAUGGUACAGUGGACAGUGGUGUAUCGACUUGUAUAGCCACCAUUUUAAAUGCAUUUUAGACUAGAAUUGACCUAAAUUAAUAUUGCUUUGUGAAGGAAAAGAAGAAGAAUACACCCAAAUUUCUACUAAUGACCAAGAAGUACAGUAAAAUCAUUGGUCAUUAAUUUUUCUAUUAGAUACUCGGUCAUGGAAUCAUUCAGUAUGAACCAGAGUGUUGUAUUCAGACAAACAAUGGACUUUGCUAGUGUGUAUCAAACUGGGUUGUUGUACAAAAAUAUGUUGAUUGGCGGGUACUGAUCAAUUGUUGCAUGUUUGUGCGACAGAAAAAGGAAGAGUAUUUGAUAUUGGCACAACUUUGUACUGGCAGAAGUAGGGGUUGUCACUUGUGGUAUGUAAAAUGCUAGGAUGUAAUUUAGACAGUGUCGUGUUGAAGGAAAUUUAGAUUUUGACAAUGGCUUUGGGAUCGUGUGGGACUAUAUGAGGAGUAAACAUGUAUCUUCAAUAUCAGCAAGCACUUGACAGACAAAAUUCACUACUUGUGUAAUUCACAGGCAUUCAAUUAAUAGUAAAAUUAUUUCUAGUUACUGUUAUAUCAUUUUACAUUUUGACGCAAUGGUUUAAAUGCCAAUAGGAAGUGAAGGACUGGUCCUAUGAUAGUAUUUAUGAAAUAUAUUUAUGAAACUUUGCUAUAGGUAUUGUACCUACUUUUGAAUCGUUUACAAUUACAUAGUAUACAUUACAUGGACAACUACAAUGAACAAACAGCAUAUAUUGUACUGCUACCAUUUGGUUUCUAAGCUACGUAAUCAGAGUCAAAUACAUUUUGUCAUAUAUAUAUACAUGAUGUAGUAGUAGCAAUAGCUUCCAGUACAUAUUACUGUUGCAUAAUCUUCAGUGCCAAUUUUAAAACUUUAUUUUUAUAACCUUCAAAAGACAAGCCAUAUGUAUUUUAGCAUGCUAUUUAUUUUGUAAAAGUUACCACUGGGAGAGAAUAACAAUUAUUAUUAUGUGCAAGAAAAGUGUAUCUGUGAGAAAUUGUAAUGUACAUGUAUGGAGAAAGACCAUAGGUACAUGCAAGGACAUUAUAUAAUGUCCUUGGUACAUGUAAAAUGUACAUGUAUGGAAAAAGGACUUAGCUAUGUCUGUAAGCCUUGGCAGCAAAGUUUUCAACUACGGUAGUAACAUCUGUAGGCCUUAAAAUUCCUGUAAACGUCUAAGGUAGAAAAUGAAUUUUACAAUCUAUGGCAUUUUGUGGUGCUCGAAAACUGCCUAGAUUUUUUGCAUUUACUGUGUUGAAUACUUGUAUGUUUUGCCAUUGAACACGUAUAAUAACAGAUCGUAGCUUCAAAUGAUUUGCAAUUUACAUGAAAAAUAAGCUGAGACCUCUUAGAAUUAUAAAUUUCCCAGAAUUGCCAAGAAUUUAAAUUGUCUCCACACUAGCCCCAUGGAAGGUGACAUGUACAUAGAUACUCGAAUUGUUGACAAAUGUUGAAAUGGUGUCAUUUUGUGUGUGAAGGACACUUGUACCCACAGAACUUGUGCAUGUGAAUAAUGGCUCCCACAAUAUAUUAAAUUGCUCACAGUGGCA